GAAAGUUAAAAUCAGGAAGGACAUCUUCCUAGCAAGUUAGAAAUUAGCUUCGAGGUUAAGCCAUUUUAUAAACCAUGGUUCUCGUAGCGACUAGUUAAAUAGCAGGAGAAAGAAGAUUAGGACAGUAAGUAAUUGCUUGCAACAUGGGAACAAGUUCAUCUGAUUUUGAUUUUGCAGAAGAGAUUUACUUGUCAGAAGUCCUUGAUGGAAGCGAAGGAGGAGAUUUACAGCAAUUAGAUGCCAAGUUUGCUGAACAGUUGCAAUUUCAAGAUGCAAUAUUUUUCUCAGUCAAAGAAACCGGGUCAUCCUCAACCUCAAGGCAGAUGAAUAUCGGGGCAACCUCAUCGAUGCGCAAGCCCAAGGCAAGGAAGUCUGCAACAAAAGCUGGUGAAUCCUCCCUAAGUUUCUGUGAGAUAUGUUCUGAAAGAAAAGAAAGGCGUCAAAUGUUCCCAAUCUCGGGUUGCUCUCACUCGUUUUGUUCUGAUUGCAUUAGCAUGUAUGUAAAGGCAAAGCUCGAGGGAAAUAUAACUAUAAUUAUGUGUCCAGCGGAGAAUUGCAGAGACAUUUUGGAACUGGAAGCAUGCAGGCCUCUGCUUCCUAAGGAGGUGGUCAAUCUUUGGCAGGAUUUACUAUGUGAAGAACUACUUUGUGCAACGGGUGGACGACUUUACUGUCCUUUCAAGGAUUGUUCGGCCUUGUUGCUGAAUGAUAACCAAGAAGUCAUCGCAGAAUGUGAGUGCCCCUUCUGCCAUAGAUUGUUCUGUGCCCAAUGUCAUGUUCCAUGGCAUGCCGGGAUCGAUUGUGAGGAGUAUCAGAACCUGACUGAGGAUGAGAGAGGAAGAGAAGACCUCAUGGUGAGGAAGCUUGUCAAAGAGAAUAAAUGGCGCAGGUGUUCCAGUUGCCAUAUCAUAGUAGAAAGAACCGAAGGUUGUCUACAUAUCACUUGCAGAUGUAAGUUUGAAUUUUGUUAUGCGUGUGGAGCAGAAUGGACUCAGGAUCAUGGUGGCUGUCAGAACAACUAAGUGACCAAAUAAAGCAUGAGAAGGAUAAUGUAACAAUGUGAAAAAGCAGGUUGUAAAGUUGUUUUCAAUCUUUGGAAGUGGCUCGUAGCAUCCAAAAUAGAACGAACACAAUUUGUCCUGAGAAGUUUGGUUAAGGCUACUGUUCUAGACCAAUAAGCAUACAAUGUAAUGAAUGAUUUGUGCAA